AUGCCAGCAAAAUCAGGAGCAGCGCCGAAAGGCAAGCAGGCUGAAUCUAUGCAGCACCUGCCGUUGCAUGCGGACUACGAAAACGCCGCGCUCGGAGACGGCAAGUUGAAGAGUAGCAGCAAGAAGAAGCGGAGGCGCGGCGACGACGAUGAGUUGAAUGAGGAGGAAGACGAGAAGUUUGUCGACUCUGCUUUGUCGCGGAAGAUUCUGCAGAUGGCUAGAGAGCAGCAGGAUGAGGAGGAGCAGGAGUUGGGCAAGAAAAAGGGAGGCAGCAAGGGUGUUUCUACAAAAGACGAUGAAGACGACGACGAAGACGAAGAUGAUGACGACGAUUAUGAAGACUUUGACGACGACGACGACGACGAAGCAGACUAUGCAGCAUUUGAAGAGUUCCAGCGCGACGAGAUCGAAGAACUUGAAGCAAACGACGAGGACGCUGCUUUGUUUGAGAAAUUCCUGCCCAGCCGUGGUGGCAGCAUGUUUCCUGACCCCAAUAAGCCCGUGACGCUGGCGGACAAGAUCAUGGAGAAGCUGGCGGAGCAGGAGAUGGAAAAGAGACGGGCAGAGAGAAAAGAAGAACCCGAGUUCCCGCCAAAGGUCGUCGAGGUCUAUGAAAAGGUUGGGUUGUUGCUGUCGCGAUACAGAUCAGGAAAACUUCCGCGGGCGUUCAAGAUCAUUCCCGCUCUCAAGAAUUGGGAAGACGUGCUUUUUCUCACAAACCCCGAUUCGUGGUCGCCGAACGCAUGCUACGAGGCGACCAAGCUGUUUGUCUCUGCGUUGAAGUCGAAGCAGUCGCAAAGGUUUCUUUCGGACAUCUUGCUCGACAGAGUUAGGGAUGAUAUUAGAGAAAACAAGACUCUGAACUAUCAUCUGUACAGAUCGCUAAAGAAAGCACUGUACAAGCCGGCGGCGUUUUUCAAGGGUUUUCUUUUCCCGCUAUGCGAGUCUGGAUCAUGCACGCUGCGAGAAGCUGUCAUCGUCGGCUCGGUUUUGACCAAAGUUUCCAUUCCUGCGCUGCACUCGUCUGCCGCGCUGCUACGGCUGGCGGAGAUGGAGCACUACAGCGGCGCAUACUCGCUCUUCAUGCGCGUGCUCAUCGACAAGAAGUACGCGCUGCCGUACAAGGUUAUCGACGGAGUCGUCUUCCACUUUAUCCGGUUCCGCAACAGCUCUGAAGGCGUCGGCGCAGAAGGACUGCCGGUGCUUUGGCACCAGGCGUUUCUGGCGUUUGCGCAGAGGUAUAAGAACGACAUCACAGAAGACCAGCGAGACGCGCUGCUUGAGGUGCUCAAGGUGCGGUGGCAUCCCAAGAUCGGGCCCGAAAUUCGACGCGAGCUCAAAGAAGGUGUCGAACGUGGCGAGGGCCAUGGGGGGCCGGAGAUAGAGAUGAAUUAA